AUAUUCCAGAAAAGCAUGCAAUGCAUUUGUUUAAUUAAAGUUAGUUAUUCUCCGUAAGGAAAUCAACAAAAAUUUAGCCAACCUACAGGAAGACGCUGGAUGCCAAAUUCGAUAAAGUGGCAUAGUUGUGUCUUUAACGUGUUGGUGUCUGGACCGCAGCAAUAGGCAGAAACUGAAGCAAUACUAGGUGUGCAUUUAUAUAUUUAGUAACACAAAAAUGCGUCGUCGAAAUGUGAAAUGGAUUUUAAAAGCAGCUAUACUGUUGAUCUUAUCAUUCAUUUUAUUUCUUUUGAUCACGAGUUGGAUAUCUUCAAGCCCCUAUAGAAAUAAAUUGCCCAUUUUGACGCCAAACCGUGCCGAAAAUUUGCGUGCGCAUAAAAAAAAUCCUGAAAACGUGGGCAAUGGCGCAGAAAGCGAAGUUGAAUCACCAAAACUGCCACGAUUGAAUAAUGAUAUGCAUAGGGAAAACAGUCAAUUGUUGAUGCCAAAUAAUCUCAAAAAAGAUUGGCAUGAUAUUUUGGCUAUGGAACGCGAUCAGAAACGAGUUGGACUCGGUGAAGGAGGCGUAAGAGCUGCACUAAACGAUGAAUCGCAAAAGGAUUUGGAGCAGAAGAUGUCUUUAGAAAAUGGUUUCAAUGCGUUACUUUCCGAUUCCAUCUCUGUAAAUCGUUCAUUACCUGAUAUUCGUUAUGAAGGAUGUAAAAAUAAGAAAUAUCUUGCCAAACUCCCUUCAGUGAGCAUCAUAAUUCCAUUCUACAACGAGCAUUUGGGUGUACUUAUGCGUUCUGUGCAUAGUCUUGUAAAUCGUUCGCCGCCAGAGUUGUUAAAGGAAAUCAUUCUAGUGGAUGAUUUCAGUGAUCGUGAGUACUUAUUCGAACAACUCGAACAAUAUGUAGCCGAAAACUUUCCCAAGGUACAAAUCGUACGUUUGAAAGAACGUACCGGACUGAUUGGUGCGCGCAUGGCGGGUGCACGUCACGCUACAGCGGAUGUACUUAUCUUUUUGGACUCGCACAUUGAGGCAAACUAUAAUUGGCUGCCACCGUUGUUGGAGCCGAUCGCAAAAAACAAGAGAAUCUCGGUUUGCCCCUUUAUCGAUGUUAUUGAUCAUAGUAAUUUUGAGUACAGAGCUCAAGAUGAAGGUGCACGUGGCGCUUUCGAUUGGGAAUUUUAUUACAAACGUUUACCAUUGUUACCGGAAGAUUUGGAGGAUAGAACUAAACCAUUUAGGAGUCCSGUUAUGGCUGGUGGUCUGUUUGCUAUAUCAAGUGAAUUUUUUUGGGAGUUAGGCGGUUAUGAUGAAGGUCUCGAUAUCUGGGGUGGCGAACAAUAUGAGUUGAGUUUCAAGAUUUGGAUGUGUGGUGGUGAACUUUUGGAUGCGCCCUGUUCACGUGUUGGUCACAUAUACAGAGGUCCACGUACUUCACAACCCAGUCCACGAAAAAGUGAUUAUUUGCACAGAAACUAUAAACGUGUCGCUGAGGUAUGGAUGGACGAAUAUAAAACAUAUUUAUAUGAUCAUGGUCAAGGUGUAUAUGAAAAUAUUGAUCCCGGUGAUUUAAGCCAACAGAAAGCGAUACGUGAAAAACUCAAAUGCAAGUCCUUCAAAUGGUUCAUGGAGAAUGUGGCAUUUGAUUUACCUAAAAAAUAUCCACCUGUUGAGCCGCCCGAUUACGCUUUUGGCGCUAUACAAAGUGUGGCUGAACCAACGCUUUGUGUUGAUACAAUGGGUAAACCGCGCCAUUCAAAAAUCGGUCUCUAUCCCUGUGCACCGAAUCUGAAGAAACCGCAAAGAAAUCAAAAUUGGGCUUUAAGCUGGCACAAAGAUUUGCGUUUACGCUUCAAAACCGACUGUUUAGAUGUGCAACAGCAACCGCCGAAUGCACCCGUAUGGCUUUGGGAUUGUCACGGUAUGGGUGGAAAUCAGUUUUGGUAUUAUGAUCGCGCUGAAAAAUGGCUGAUUGCUGGUAAGGGCAGUGAACGUUGCUUACAGGCUGCGCCGAGUAAACGCGCUAUUUAUAUUAACCGUUGCGAUUCGGAUGACCCCUAUAUGAAAUGGAAUUUCGGUAACGUGAAUAACACAGCGUUAGACUUGUUUUUGGUACAAGCGCCGAAUAAUGCAUAGUCACUAUCAAAAUCAUAAUCUUGCCAUUUUUGGAUCUAGAGUAGAUAUAAACCGUAUUUAGAAAUAUAUCUAAUAUCUUGUUUGUAAAACAGUCAUAGUUUAAGUAAACAGUGGACAGACGGGUUAAUGUAUUUUUUUUUUGUUUUUUGAAGUCUGCGUUCCUAUCACACUCUUUAUACAAUUUUUAUUGUACUGUUGAUAUAACUUAAAAAAACAUUUUUUAAUGUACU